AUGUCAGAGUCCUCGAUUGGCGCCCAGCGCAACUCGUUCCUGUCGCGAGCUUGCGAAAACUGCCGCCUGAGAAAAGUCUGGCCUCUCGCUGCCCGCGCCGCAUUCCGCAUUCCGCAUUCCGCAUUCCGCAUUCCGUAUUCCCGGGCUGACGUUCCCCAGAUCAGAUGCGACAAGGCGAUUCCGUGCGCCAGCUGCAGGACGCUGGGAAUCGCUUGCCAGGCUGCCGCCCGCAGCUCCGAGCACCGCCCGCGCGUUGUCAUUUCCAGCCAGUACGAGAGGCAGAUCGAGCUGAUCCAGCAGCGCCUCACCUCCAUCGAGAAGAGCGUCAAGGACAUCUCGCUGUCGCGCGCCGCCACCCCCGCCCGCUCAUCGCCCGCCAACGACCGCGGCCCCUCGACCUCGACCCACGGCUCGCCCUCCACCCCCAUCACCGCCUAUGAGGGUGAUUCCUCCUUUGGCUCGCAGACCCUGCAGGCUGGCGAGGCCGCCGAUCGCACCAUUGCUCGUGUGCUUGGCGCCGCCUCCACCGCCGAGGUGCGCAGUGCCCUCUCGUCGUUGCGACACAGCCUCGAGACCCACGACUCGUCCACCCGUGUGCAUGACGCCUAUCUUUCUCCAUCCGCCCCGCGCGCCGGCUCUCCCGAGCUGACCCUACCGCCCGUCGAGCUUGUCGUGGCCAUUGUGCGGAGGAUCAAGGUCCAUCCGCCCUUCUCGCUCGUCGGAUAUUGCUGGCGAGACCUUCAGCAGCUCGAGAAGCUCUGUCAAAAGGUUUACUUUCCCUCGGACUCUGUUACCCCGGGAUCCCUGACCCUCAUGCAUGGCCUUCUCUUCUUCACCCUACGAGAUUACAUCACCGAAAAUGACACCGCCCUUUCCAACUGGGACCUGCCCGUCUUUGCCGAGCUCUGUGAGCACAACUUUUAUCAGUGUCUGGAGAGAUACGAGAGCCUCGUCGUCCCCACUCUUGAGAACAUCCAGUCUUUGCUCCUUGCGGCUACAAGAGCGCAGGAGCAGUCCAAACUACAGCUGGUCUGGACGUACGUGAGUGCUGGCCACGCCAUGUGCCAGACUCUGGGCUAUCACCGAGAAUCGCACCUCAGGAACGACAAUCCCGACGUUGCUGAAGUCAAGCGUCACGCUUUCUGGAACCUUUACAUGGUGGACAAGAACCUUUCGCUUGGUCUAGGACGGAAGGGCAACUUCCAAGACGACGACAUCGAUGUUGAGUUGUUCAAAAUCUCGCCGAAUCCCAGAUUUCGCGCGUGGGAUGAGAUCGCGCAUGCGUCGAUCCGGUUCGCGAAAGUCCAAGGCCAGGUUUACGAUCGGCUGUACUCGAUGGGUGCCUCCAAAGCUUCUUCGGAGCAGAGAUUGUUGGCCGUAGAGGAACUGACACAAAGGAUGGUGGAACUGCGGAACGAAUUGGUGGCGGUCGAUGCCAGUGGGGCCGAGUACGGAGAGCACCUGGAUAGCAUGGUCCACGCUGCCGACUUCAUUGCGUACACGGUCCUCACCACCAUAUACCGGGCGCAGACCUCGACCGGGACGGGAACUGAGAUCAGCUCGAAAUGCUUCGAGACGGCCCGUCUUGGGCUGCAAGCCCAUCUGAAAUGCUUCGAGUCAUUCCAGAGCAGCAGCAUGCUUGAGCAGAUAGACUACGUUACCUGGAUCCUACUCUACCCCACGUUUACCCCUUUCGUCGUGGUCUUCACACACGCGAUUGCCACCAUGUCGACGGAAGACCUCCGGCUGCUGCAAGAGACGACCGGGACUCUGGACCAGGCCAAGCACGUCUCCGAGGGCGCACAGCGGCUGUACGACGUGUGCAAAGCGUUCACGGACGCAGCCGAGAUCCUGAUCAACUCGGGCCAGAAAGUCACGGGCAUGCAGCAGCACGACGACGGCUCCCUCGUCUUCCCCGCAGUGACCGACCCUCAUCCUCCCAUGUCAGCCCAAGACUUGAUGUGGCCGACGUGGCCUACCCCGAUGCACGGCCUAGACCCUGGCAGUAUAGACAUGUCCAUGUUUCUGGGCAACUGGCUGGGCGCGAACCGGCCCGUCAUGGACAUGCUGAACCUCGACCCGACGGACCAAGAGUUGGGCUUGUAG